GCCGGCCGAGCCCGGGGCCGCGAAGGGCUGCGGACUCCUUUCUGCGGCGGAGGGAUCCGCGGCGGAGGAGGCGGGCGGGAGGGCGGCUGGAGCCGCUUGCCUGAGAGUUGUUGUUUCCUCCUCCUCCUCCUCCGCCUCCGCCGCCGUCGCUUGAAUGGUGGAGCCGAGGUUCGGGCUCGUGAACACACACUGACAGCUAUAGGGCAGGCGGCGGCCCCGUCCCCGCUUCCCCUCGGCGGCGGGGCGUCCCGCCUGCGGCCCCGAAGUGACCCAUAAACAUGUCUCGUGAGAGGAAAGGCCUCUCGGAGCUGCGAUCGGAGCUCUACUUCCUCAUCGCCCGGUUCCUGGAAGAUGGACCCUGUCAGCAGGCGGCUCAGGUGCUGAUCCGCGAGGUGGCUGAGAAGGAGCUGCUGCCCCGGCGCACCGACUGGACCGGCAAGGAGCAUCCCAGGACCUACCAGAAUCUGGUGAAGUAUUACAGACAUUUAGCACCUGAUCACUUGCUUCAGAUCUGUCAUCGGCUGGGACCUCUUCUUGAGCAAGAGAUUCCACAGAGUGUUCCUGGAGUACAAACUUUGUUAGGAGCUGGAAGACAGUCCUUGCUACGCACAAACAAAAGCUGCAAGCAUGUUGUGUGGAAAGGAUCUGCUCUGGCUGCAUUGCAUUGUGGAAGACCACCAGAGUCACCAAUUAACUAUGGUAGCCCACCCAGCAUUGCGGAUACUUUGUUUUCAAGGAAGCUGAAUGGAAAAUACAGACUUGAGCGGCUGGUUCCCACUGCCGUGUAUCAGCACAUGAAAAUGCAUAAAAGAAUCCUUGGACACCUGUCGUCUGUGUACUGUGUAACUUUUGAUCGAACGGGCAGACGGAUAUUUACUGGUUCUGAUGACUGUCUUGUGAAAAUCUGGGCAACAGAUGAUGGGAGAUUGUUAGCUACUUUGAGAGGGCAUGCUGCUGAAAUAUCAGACAUGGCUGUCAACUACGAGAAUACCAUGAUAGCAGCUGGGAGCUGUGACAAAAUGAUCCGAGUCUGGUGUCUUCGGACGUGCGCGCCUUUGGCUGUUCUUCAGGGCCACAGUGCAUCUAUAACGUCACUACAGUUCUCACCAUUGUGCAGUGGCUCAAAGAGAUAUCUGUCUUCUACUGGGGCAGAUGGCACGAUUUGUUUUUGGCUCUGGGAUGCUGGAACCCUUAAAAUAAAUCCAAGACCUGCAAAAUUUACAGAGCGCCCUCGACCUGGAGUUCAAAUGAUCUGUUCAUCUUUUAGUGCUGGUGGAAUGUUUCUGGCCACAGGAAGCACAGAUCACAUUAUUAGGGUUUAUUUUUUUGGAUCAGGUCAGCCAGAGAAAAUAUCAGAAUUGGAGUUUCAUACUGACAAAGUUGACAGUAUCCAGUUUUCCAACACUAGUAACAGGUUUGUAAGUGGCAGUCGGGAUGGGACAGCACGUAUUUGGCAAUUUAAGCGAAGAGAAUGGAAGAGUAUUUUGCUGGAUAUGGCUACUCGGCCAGCAGGCCAAAACCUUCAAGGGAUAGAAGAUAAAAUCACAAAAAUGAAAGUAACUAUGGUAGCAUGGGAUCGACAUGACAAUACAGUUAUAACUGCAGUUAAUAACAUGACUUUGAAAGUUUGGAAUUCUUACACCGGUCAACUAAUUCAUGUCCUGAUGGGUCAUGAAGAUGAGGUAUUUGUUCUUGAGCCACACCCAUUUGAUCCAAGAGUUCUCUUUUCUGCUGGUCAUGAUGGAAAUGUGAUAGUGUGGGAUCUGGCAAGAGGAAUCAAAAUUCGAUCUUAUUUUAAUAUGAUUGAAGGCCAAGGACAUGGUGCGGUGUUUGACUGCAAAUGCUCUCCUGAUGGUCAGCAUUUUGCAUGCACAGACUCUCACGGACAUCUUCUAAUUUUUGGCUUUGGCUCCAGUAGCAAAUAUGACAAGAUUGCAGAUCAGAUGUUCUUUCAUAGUGACUAUCGGCCCCUUAUCCGUGAUGCCAACAAUUUUGUAUUAGAUGAACAGACUCAGCAAGCCCCUCAUCUCAUGCCACCCCCUUUUUUGGUUGAUGUUGAUGGUAAUCCUCAUCCAUCAAGAUACCAGAGAUUAGUUCCUGGUCGUGAAAAUUGCAGGGAGGAGCAGCUCAUCCCUCAAAUGGGGGUAACUUCCUCAGGACUGAAUCAAGUUUUAAGUCAGCAAGCAAACCAGGAAAUCAGCCCGCUGGACAGUAUGAUUCAAAGACUACAGCAGGAGCAAGACCUGAGACGUUCUGGUGAGGCAGCUACCAGUAAUACCAGCCGUUUAAGUAGAGGCUCUACAAGUUCUACCUCAGAGGUUCAUUCACCACCUAAUGUAGGACUACGGCGUAGUGGUCAAAUUGAAGGUGUACGGCAGAUGCACAGUAAUGCACCAAGAAGUGAAAUAGCCACAGAGCGGGAUCUUGUAGCUUGGAGUCGAAGGGUGGUAGUACCUGAGCUAUCAUCUGGUGUAGCCAGUAGGCAAGAAGAAUGGAGAACUGCAAAGGGAGAAGAAGAAAUAAAGACUUACAGGUCAGAAGAGAAAAGAAAACACUUGGCAGUUCCAAAAGAGAAUAAAAUGCCUGCUGUCUCAAAGAAUCAUGCUCAUGAACAUUUCCUGGAUCUUGGAGAAUCCAAAAAGCAGCAGGCAAAUCAACAUAAUUACCGCACGAGAUCUGCAUUAGAGGAGACUCCUAGACCUUCAGAAGAAGUAGAAAAUGGCACAAGUUCUUCAGAUGAAGGUGAAGUUGUUGCUGUCAGUGGUGGAACAUCUGAAGAAGAAGAGAGAGCUUGGCACAGUGAUGGCAGUUCUAGUGACUACUCCAGUGAUUAUUCUGACUGGACAGCGGAUGCCGGAAUUAAUCUGCAACCACCAAAGAAAAUUCCUAAGCAUAAAACCAAGAAAGCAGAAAGCAGUUCAGAUGAAGAAGAAGAAUCUGAGAAACAGAAGCAAAAACAGAUUAAAAAGGAAAGGAAAAAAGUAAAUGAAGAAAAGGAUGGACCAGUAUCACCAAAGAAAAAGAAGCCCAAAGAAAGAAAACAAAAGAGAUUGGCUGUGGGAGAACUAACGGAAAAUGGGUUGACGUUGGAAGAAUGGUUACCUUCAACAUGGAUUACAGACACUCUUCCCCGAAGAUGUCCAUUUGUGCCACAGAUGGGUGAUGAGGUUUAUUAUUUCCGACAAGGACAUGAAGCGUAUGUUGAGAUGGCCCGGAAAAAUAAAAUUUAUAGUAUAAAUCCCAAAAAACAACCAUGGCAUAAAAUGGAACUGCGGGAACAAGAACUGAUGAAAAUAGUUGGCAUAAAGUAUGAAGUGGGAUUGCCUACACUUUGCUGCCUUAAACUUGCUUUUCUAGAUCCUGAUACUGGUAAACUGACCGGUGGAUCAUUUACAAUGAAGUACCAUGAUAUGCCUGAUGUUAUAGAUUUCCUGGUCCUGAGACAACAAUUUGAUGAUGCAAAAUAUAGGCGGUGGAAUAUAGGUGACCGUUUCAGAUCAGUCAUAGAUGAUGCCUGGUGGUUUGGAACAAUUGAGAGCCAGGAACCACUUCAGCCUGAGUACCCUGAUAGUUUGUUCCAGUGUUACAAUGUUUGCUGGGACAAUGGAGAUACAGAAAAGAUGAGUCCUUGGGAUAUGGAGCUUAUACCUAAUAAUGCUGUGUUUCCUGAAGAAUUAGGUACCAGUGUUCCUUUAACUGAUGUUGAAACCAGAUCAUUGAUCUAUAAGCCUCUUGAUGGCGAAUGGGGUUCCAAUCCCAGGGAUGAGGAAUGUGAAAGAAUUGUUACAGGAAUAAACCAGUUGAUGACACUAGAUAUUGCUUCAGCAUUUGUGGCUCCUGUGGAUCUGCAAGCGUAUCCUAUGUAUUGCACUGUAGUGGCAUAUCCAACGGAUUUAAGUACGAUUAAACAAAGACUGGAAAACAGGUUUUACAGGCGAGUUUCUUCCCUAAUGUGGGAAGUUCGAUAUAUAGAGCAUAAUACACGAACAUUUAAUGAGCCUGGAAGCCCUAUUGUGAAAUCUGCUAAAUUUGUGACUGAUCUUCUUCUACAUUUUAUAAAGGAUCAGACUUGUUAUAACAUAAUUCCACUCUACAAUUCAAUGAAGAAGAAAGUUUUGUCUGACUCUGAGGAAGAAGAGAAAGAAGAUGCUGAUGUGCCAGGAACUUCUACCCGGAAAAGGAAGGACCAUCAGCCUAGAAGAAGAUUACGUAACAGAGCACAAUCUUAUGAUAUUCAAGCAUGGAAGAAACAGUGUCAAGAAUUGUUAAAUCUCAUAUUUCAAUGUGAAGAUUCUGAGCCUUUCCGCCAGCCAGUAGAUCUUCUUGAAUAUCCAGACUACAGAGACAUCAUUGACACUCCAAUGGAUUUUGCUACCGUUAGAGAGACUUUAGAAGCUGGGAAUUAUGAGUCACCAAUGGAGUUAUGUAAAGAUGUCAGACUUAUUUUCAGUAAUUCCAAAGCAUAUACACCAAGCAAAAGAUCAAGGAUUUACAGCAUGAGUUUGCGCCUAUCUGCUUUUUUUGAAGAACACAUUAGUUCAGUUUUAUCGGAUUAUAAAUCUGCCCUUCGUUUUCAUAAAAGAAAUACAAUAACAAAAAGGAGAAGGAAAAGAAAUAGAAGCAGCUCUGUUUCCAGUAGUGCCGCAUCAAGCCCUGAAAGGAAAAAGAGGAUCUUAAAACCCCAGCUGAAGUCAGAUAUUACUACCUCUCCAUUCUCUGCACCUACACGGUCAAUACCACCAAGGCACAAUACUGCUCAGAUAAAUGGUAAAACGGAAUCCAUUUCUGUAGUUCGAACCAGAAGCAAUCGAGUGGUGGUAGAUCCAGUUACCACUGAGCAACCAUCUACUUCUUCAGCAGCAAAGACUUUUAUUUCAAAAGCUAACACAUCUGCAGUGCCGGGGAAAACAAUUCUAGAGAAUUCUGUGAAACAUUCCAAAACCUUGAAUACUCUUUCAAGUCCUGGUCAGUCCAAUUUUAGUCAUGGCACUAGGAAUAAUUCUACAAAAGAAAAUAUGGAAAAGGAAAAGCCAGCCAAACGUAAAAUGAAAUCAUCUGUGCUCUCAAAGACACCCCCUCUCUCAAAGUCAUCACCUGUCAUUGAGCAAGCUGACUGUAGAAACAAUGCUCUUGUACCUGGAAGCAUUCAAGUCAACGGCCAUGGAGGGCAGCCGGCUAAGCUUGUGAAGAGGGGGCCUGGGAGGAAACCUAAGGUGGAAGUUAAUAACAGCAGCGGUGAAGUGACGCACAAGAAGAGGGGCCGGAAGCCCAAAAAGCUCCAGUACACAAAGCCUGAAGAUUCGGAGCAAAAUAGCGUGCAUCCCAUCAGAGAUGAAGUAGUUCCUUCCUCAACCUGCAGUUUUCUUUCUGAAACUAAUAUUGUAAAGGAGGAUUUGUUACAGAAAAAGAGUCGCGGAGGCAGAAAACCCAAAAGGAAGAUGAAGACACAGAAGCUAGACUCAGAUCUCAUAGUUCCUACAGGUGUUAAAAUGCUAAGGAGAAGUAACCGGAAAAAGACAGAUGAUCCCAUGGAUGAGGAAGAGGAAUUUGAGGAACUUAAAGGCUCUGAACCUCACAUGAGAACUAGAAAUCAAGGUCGAAGGACAGCCUUCUAUAACGAGGAUGACUCUGAAGAGGAGCAAAGGCAGCUGUUGUUUGAAGACACUUCUUUGACUUUCGGAACCUCUAGUAGAGGACGAGUCCGAAAGUUGACGGAAAAAGCAAAAGCUAAUUUAAUUGGGUGGUAACUUGCACCAAAAUAUUUUACUUCAAAGUCUGUAAAGCAGGUACAGUUAAGGAGUAUGUAGAACUAAGGCUUCUGCUUCCUUGCUGCUAUGACGGAUAUGGGAAUGUUAUGAUUUGAUUUGCAAAAAAAAACAAACAAACUUACAAGACACUUCACUUCUUUAAAUGAAUAUAUAUAUAUAAAUAUAUACAUAUAUAUUUUAAAUGUUUGCUAUUUAUUGCCCUUAGAUAGGUUAUGCAUUUCAACAUUCAUUUCAUUUACUGUUCAAAGCAAAAGAAAUUGAGGCUCUAUAAUGAACUCCCAAUUUUUUCUGGAAAAGACAUUCUGCUACACUCUUAAGGAGCGUAUAAUAUUCCUUAGUGACAGAGCAUUUUAUGUUAAAAUGAAUUAUUUUUGACCAAGCCAGGUACAUUUCUGUUUAUACAGAAGUCUUGCCCCUAGGAGGACAGGUGUUAACCAGAGUAGCAGUGAAUUAAGAAUUGUGUUUCCUCUAAAGAUAAAUUUAAAAUUCCCACCAUUUGAUACCCUGAAAAGUUUAAUUUUAAUUAUAGAAUGUUCAUCUACAGAGAAUCGAGAGGAGGCUUUUGCUGUAUUCCAUUUCUGCCAAACUUAAGAGAAAAAUGUACUGAUGAAAAGGAAACAUAUCCACAUUGGAAAACAUUUGACUGUCUAAUUUUUCAGACCUUGAUUCUUAUGUCAAUCACUCAAUCUCUGUUUAUUGUGCCAAAGACUGAGAAUCAGUGCAGUGGAAAGCCUGUUUUUGACUGUCAGGACAGCAUACACUUUUUCAAUAUUGGAAAGGCUAUAUAUUAUUCUAAAGAGCAAGUUAUUAAAGAGUUACGCUGAGAUGUAUCUUUUUUUGGUACUAAUAGUAGAAAAUAAUGCACUGGUGGGUCCUUUGACAGAGAUGUUUUAGAGAAAAUGUUUAAGUGGUUAAAGGAUUCAAGGAAAAUAACAGGAAAAAGGUAUGGGAUUUGAUGUUUACUUGUUAAUCUGGAUUAAUGUCAUUUCUAAACUUUAGACAUAUCUAAUAGGCUAAAAUGACUUACAAAGAAAUGUGUCUGUGUGUGUAUGUGUAUAUAUUGACAAAUGGGUAUAAUUGAAUAUAUAUACAAACACAUACUUAUAUGCUAUUACCCAGGUAUAAAUUCUUUUAUCAGGAUUUUUUAGAUAGUGGUAGAAUAAAAAUAAUUUUAAAAUGUCAUACUUUAUAGUUUAAUUUUAAGGGGAAGAUUGGUUAUUUUCAAUUAUUAAAGGUUUAAAAAUAGGCCAAAUCACUUUUUAUGCAAUCAUGUUUUAUACAGUGGUCUCAUUGCACAUUGUGUUUUUUCUGCACUUUUUACGGUAUCCUUCACGCUGGUAUGUCAGUAUACACCCUAAAGAAAAAUUCCAUUUAAUGAUUGUGCCUUGUAUUCUAUUAUUUUUUGCAUCAUUAGUAAAAUUAAGUUGUCUAUUGUAAAUGAUAACUAUAUGACUUAGGAGAAUGUAUUGCUAUAUGUACUGCUAUGGAAAAGGAAAGCAGUUAUUUAUUUGUUUAUGGUACAGUUAGUUAUUUUAUACCUUAAAAACCAACAUAAAUACCAUUUCUAUUGUUUAAAGAUUAUUGUCCAUUUUUUUAAAAGUUUAAAGAAUGUAGUAUUUUCUGAGGACUGGUAUGGUACAAAAAUGUAACCAAAAUUUUCAGAUACUACAUUUUUAAAAAGUGAGGAUGGGGAAAAUAUGUAUCAGCAUGGCCCUGGUGUAGAAGAAUAAAGUCUUUAAUUGAACCUUGGCAAAAUACAUUACAUAAUUAUUUCUGUAAUAUUUCUGGUAGGGAUAAAUGUUAGCUGUCAGUUGAUUAUGUCUUGAAAAAGAAUGGAAAGUCAUGCAUUUGGGCUUUUUAGAUUGUUUGUAACUAAAUUUGUACAGAAAUCCUCCUGUGAAAUUAAGUAAACCAUUUUCCAGAUCUUAACUGGAUUGCUGUGAUUUUGCAGUUGAAAAUAAUUUCAAAAUUUUCAGGUUUUUUGUAUAUUUAUUUUUUUCUAACAAAUAUAUUUAACUAUAUAAUUAAAGUUCAGUAGUUAAACUCUUCAUAAUGCAGAAAUGGAUGGCUUGGUUGUAUAGUGAAACGAGUCUCUUGGUUACACCAUUAUUGAAUAUAAUAGUGUGUAUGUUUGAAAUUUAAGUCAUUAAUUUGUUGCUUUUGAAGGCAAUCUAUUUGAAACAUGCAAUUUCCUGAUGAUAUCUGCAUUGUAUUAGAAAAUAAGGCUAUAAAAUCCACUUUUGUAAAAAAUAUGUGUAUAGUUUUAAGGUGUGUACAAAGAAAGGAAGAGCGUACAGUCUCAAGAGUGAAAUUUACUGCCCGUAGGGUGUAUUAGUUCUAACACUUGAGCAAAAAAACGAGUAUUUACCAUCUUACCUGCAAGAAGUAAAUGUAUUAUUCUAAAUACAUUCUAAAGGCACUAUAUACUUACCACCUUAUUUGCAUAUUAUUAGACACUGGUUUCCUAGGCAAAAAUGACUUGGAUCAGCUUCUUUGUAAUUGAAACACUUAAAAUGUAUUAGUAAUAACCAGAUAUAUCUAGAUUUUAUAUUUUUAUAAUUUGGCUACUAUACACUGCAAAAGUUGAAUUGAGAAAUUUAAGUCAUCACCAUAGUCUUGUUCUGUUUGACCGCUAGAAAAAUCUCUUCUUUGAGUCCGUUAACACCAGGUAUAUAUUGUUUAUAGGUCAAAGGAAAUGUUGGCAGUUGUCUUAGAUGAGCAAUAAAAGAAUACUAAGUUUAUUCAAAGUUUCAGAAUACAGCUUUUGGUUACAUUCUUAGAAAAUGUGAAUCAGUUUUUGCAUUUUUAAGUACCUAACCCUAAUAUUCUCUCCUUUGACCCCAACAUUCUCGAGUUCCAGUGAAAUGUUAUAAAAUUAGAGAAUGUUGUGUAUGAGCAGAUUAAACAGUCUGAUUACAGUCUGAUAACUCUGGGCAGUAGACAUACACUUUUUUAAAAAAUUGUAUUCUUUUCAGUCAACUAUUAUGGCAUUGAACCAUUUUCUGCAUAUAUUCAUGAACUAAAGACUUGGCCUUGUUUUCAUUGUUUUUAUUAUUGCACAACAUCACAAAUUUGAAGACUAUUUGUAUUGUAACAAAACGAUCUUCCUCUUUAAAUUUAUUUAGAUAAAUGUGCAGAGUAUUUGUGAGCUUGCUUAGGUCACAUCUGAGACACGAAGUUUGGUUGAAUCUAGUAUCACUUGGAAAUGAAUUAUGUAAUAUACAGUGAUCAACAAAAGAUCCUUGUAGCAUGUAUGUUAACAUUUUAAACUCUCCCUUAUCUGCAAUGCAGUAGAUUAAUCAGACAUUUUAACAAAAGUAUUCAAGUAACAUUUUUUGCUUAUAAUGAUAGUAGCGUUAUUUACAUGUUUUGAUAUAUGAUUUGUAAUAUAAAUUAGCUUCUCCAGUUUAUAGUGUUUAAUUCUAGCAUUCCAUUUUAUACAUGCAUAUAUACCUCUCUCUCAGAUGUCAACUGGAAGCAAUUUUGACUGUUUUCUACCUAAUGAAGACAAAUUAUUAUUCUGAAUGUUUUUGUUCACCUGAAAUUUAUUUUUGAGUAGGUUGAAAGGACCAAGAUACUUGAGUGUUAAAAGGGCUUUAAGUGUCCUCCAUAUAUGCAGGAAAUACAUGAUUUUAAAAGUCACAAAAGGGGAAGUACUUUUAUGCUCUGUGAAUUAUCCCAUAUUUAGUUUUUUUAGUUUGUUUUGAAACAGGUUGAGAAGUGGUUUAGUUAAAUUUAGGUGACAAUUUAUUUUCUAACUAAAAUUGAAAAAUAUACCUUUUCCUUACUUCCCUCCUUGCAGUUCCUCUCAUGUCCCAAGUUUCCAAGUGAUUUGAACUAAAUAUUAGAUUUAUUGAGAAGCUGUUAUUGUUCUCAAUUAUACUGAGCUAGGCACUCCAGAUGGAAAGUCAUUUUGUACUGUGUACAAUACCCAAGAAGAGGUCACAUUGAGUCAGAAGACUGUAAGUACCACUUUUGACGCUCCAGAUACUAGCCUUGUACACACUGUAAUAAAACAAUUAGAAAAUAUUAUGAGCUAUAAAUAUAUAUAUAUAUAUUAUUUUUAGUUUUGAUAGCUCCAUGUUUAAAUACUUUUUUAAUGCAGAUAAAAUCAUCAGGAAAUUAACCUUAUAUGGCACAAACCAAAUACAUAAUAGUGGGUGGCUCUGAGUUUCUACGUUUAAGGAGCUAAGAAAAUAGGUUUGAGAUGAUAAAUAGUACGCACACCUAUGAUGCAGAUGUACACAUGCUCGUUACUUUUAAGAUUGUGCUGUGUUGAUAGAUCACAAUGAAAGGUUAUAAAUUGAGACAAAAUACAAAGUUACAUUUUUGGACCAUAUUAAAACUGCAAGAAGAUGGGGUCUUAUUUAAAGAUCUUUUAGACAACUGUUAAAUCCUGUCACAUGAUAUUUAGACGUGUAGAAUGUAGCUCAAUUUUUGAAAAGUAACUGACCUAGAGGGUUAAUGUUGAAACUGACACAUUUUCAAAUUAAAAUGCUUAUUUUGUACAGAAAACAGCGUUAAACACAAGCAGAUCUGUUGUAUGUAAUAAGUAACAGAGUUUUAAAAAGAAAUUAAUUAUUUAGCUUUAUUGAGGUUUUUGGUUUUUCUCUCUGGAAACCUGAAGUACCAUGUUAUAAACGGCAGUCUCACACCAGAAUAGCAGCGCCCUUUCUUUUUGUACAUAUUGAUUGGACCUUUCUUUACUGUUAGGUGGACACUUUCUAUGUUAGUUUUGAAGCAUAAUUCUUUGAAUCCUUUUAUACAAACUAGAAUGUAUGUGUAAGAAUUCCUGUCCCUGCAAUGUAGUAACUACAAACUUAUUUUUAAAUAAAUAGAAAACUUGUUUUUCUAA